UGUUCCUCUAUAAAUGUAUCUGCUCAGUUAUUUGGAUCAUUAUGCACAUGGUUCCUAAUAAAUCAACCAAUGUUGGAAUCAAAGAAUACAAGAAAGGAUGCACUUUUUUAUUAAGAAAUAUAUAGUUUUCUCAGAAUAAAACCUGUUAGAUAAUAAAUUUGUUCCCAUUAUUACAGAGGAAGACUAAGUUAGGGCAUCCAGUAGUGUAACUGAUAUGUAUAACCAGGAAGAGGAGCCGAUUAGAAAAGGUCCAUGGACUAUGGAAGAAGAUCUGCAGCUCCUUAACCAUAUAGCUUGCCAUGGCGAAGGCAGAUGGGAUUUUGCAGCCAAAACUGCAGGGUUAAGAAGAAACGGGAAGAGCUGUAGGAUGAGGUGGGUAAAUUAUCUACGUCCAGAUCUCAAGAGAGGCAAUAUUACUCCACAAGAAGAACGUUUGAUCAUUGAACUUCAGAGCCGAUGGGGUAACAGGUGGUCUCUAAUUGCUCGGCGUUUACCUGGCAGGACAGACAACGAAAUAAAAAACUACUGGAGAACAAGGCUUAAAAGAAAAUUUCAUACGCCAAAUACUGAAAAUCAAUCUUCCAAACGUUGUAUAUAUUCUUCUUCUAUGCCAAAUCCAUUUGUGCAGCAAAACAGUGGUGUAGAAUUUGAUGGAGGGCUACAGGCACAGAUUAAUCUGCAGCCCAGUGUAACACUCAACAACAUUGUGAUUGAUUUUGAUGAACAGCUGGCAAACCAGGAAAUCAUUGAUUCAGUCAGAGUUACAAACGGGAUAAACAACUUGGAGGAAUGUAGUUGUUUUGGGGUAGUUGAGGGCAUGCCAAUGCCUUACGAGGAGUCCUAUGAAGGCAUGUUAUCUGAGCUAUAUGGGCAUGUUACUCAUGGAGGAGCAGUGUCUCAAUUCAAUGGAUUUUAACUGUCCUUAUUAGAGGCUCUCAUAUAUUCCAAAUUUGAUUUUUCAAUGCCGUGUACAUACAAAGCUCAGAUUGACUUGACUUCUGCACUAGGUUUACUUCUUACAAGAUUGCUUGUAAUCUAAUGGAGUUAGAGAGAAACUGUACUGAAAAUAUAAUUAGUUAAAGCUUUAGGUAGUGAUAAGUACUUAUGUUUAAAAUAAUGUUGUAGAGUUUGCUUAGUAAUAGAAAAAAAUAAUGUAAAUAUGAUUGAA